AUGAAUGGAAGUGAGGAAGAGAGAUAUGGAGGAAGACAGGAGGAUAUCCGAAAGACUUGUCAAAGUCUGGGUUUUGUUGCCCUAAUAACCACAGCUUUUGAGAUGGAGAUUUCUAACCUAGUCCAGUCGUUUUCUUGCCAGCAAAUGAAUACAAACUUCCUCUGUAUUGAUCACGAAAAGGCUUUCGAUAGCAUUGAGAUGAACGCAGUGUUGGAAUCUAUGGAAAUACAAGUUGCCGAGGCGCAAUGCAUCAAACUGUUCAAGAGAUGCGAACUCUGGAUGCACAACAGAUAUAGCUCUUCUAUUCCCAUAAUAAAAGUUCCAAUUGAGAAGGGUGUCAAGCAAGGAGAUACCAUCUCUCCAAAGCUCUUUACCGGGCGUGAACAAUUAUCACGCCUCCGUUUCGCAAAUGAUAUGGAAUAG